UCAUUGGUGUGCAAUGAUAAGCGUACAUGUACCGGUUCAAUUGGGCAUCACGAUAUUAUACCAGUCUCACUCAAGUCAUUGAGGCGCUCAGACGCACAGACACAUCUUUUUUCGUACACAGACUGUACAGACUUGUAACCAUGGGUUUGGAUAUCAAAUCAGUGUUGGUGGCUGACGGCGUGGGGGCCAACUGCACUGAGAUCCUGCAGUCACAUGGCAUCGCAGUCACCAACAGGCCAAAAAUCUCCAGAGAGGAACUCCUCAGGGAAAUACCAAACUACGAAGCUCUGGUUGUGCGAUCAGCCUCACAGGUGACCAAGGAAGUGCUGGACGCCGGCGUUAAGUUGAAGGUGGUGGGCCGCGCCGGCGCUGGAGUCGACAACAUUGACGUAGGGGUCGCGGGGAAAAAGGGCAUCGGUGUUAUCAAUGCACCGGGAGCAAACGCGAUGAGUGCGUGCGAGCUUACGUGCGGUCUGGCCAUGGCGCUGGCGAGGUACGUGGCGCCAGCCGCCGCCAGCAUGAAAGACGGUCGCUGGGACCGUUCCAAGUUCACUGGCACAGAGCUCUACGGCAAGACCCUGGCUAUCAUAGGCCUGGGCAGGGUCGGCAGGGAGGUCGCCGUUAGAAUGAACGCUUUUGGAAUGAAGAUCCUGGGUUUCGAUCCGUUCGUUUCAGCAGAACAGUGUAAGGAAUUCUUUGCCACGAAGUUGGAGCUCGAUGAAAUCUGGCCCUUAGCGGACUACAUUACCCUUCAUACUCCAUUGAUCGAAUCUACGAGAAAUCUUAUAAAUGCCGAUGUCCUAAAGCGCUGUAGGAAAGGCGUGAAGAUCAUCAAUGUAGGUCGAGGAGGCCUCAUCAACGAGAAGGACUUGCUUGAAGCUCUCAAUUCAGGACAUGUCGGCGGUGCAGCGCUGGACGUCUUCGAGCAGGAGCCCCCCACAGACCCCCUGACCUUGGAGGUCAUCAAACACCCGGGUGUGCUGGCCACACCUCACUUGGGUGCAUCCACCAAAGAGGCUCAAGUCAGAGUGGGACAGGAGAUAGCCGAACAGCUGGUGAACCUGGUCAAACCAGGCACCUACAUAACCCCCCUUGCCGAGGUCACCAGGGUCCUUAAGAAGUAAUCGUGAUAACGUUCCUUUCAACACAAACAUUUUUCUUCUCACAUCACGUAGUCAAGGUUCCACCUUGUCAAAAGUCAUUUUAAUUGUUAAGUCAUAUUUAAGUGUUUAUAAAGUAAAGAACUUUA